AUGUUGCUCUCAGGUUCCGAAGCUUACAGACCACUCGUGUCCAGAGGUUUCCAGGAGUUCGGGUCCGCCCUGCAGGAGCGCAGGCUGCGCCUCCUCCUGGCCGGGAGGUCAGGGACCGGGAAGAGCGCCACGGGCAACAGCAUCCUCCAGCGGAAGCACUUCCUCUCCAGGCUCGCGGCCACGGCGGUGACCAGGGCCUGCGCCACGGGGAGCUGCCGCUGGGCCUCGGGGGACGUGGAAGUCCUCGACACCCCCGACCUCUUCAGCCCCGAGGUCGCCCAGGCAGACCCGGGCUUCGAGGAGAGAGGCCGCUGCUACCUGCUGUCGGCCCCUGGGCCCCACGCCGUGCUCCUGGUGACCCAGCUCGGCCGCUUCACCGCCCAGGACCUGCGGGCCUGGCGCGGGGUGAAGGCGCUCUUCGGGGCGGGCAUCGCGGCGCGCACCAUCGUGGUCUUCACCCGCAGGGAGGACCUGGCGGGGGGCUCGCUGCAGCAGUACGUGCGCGACACCGACAACCGCGCGCUCCGGGAGCUGGUGGCCGAGUGCGGGGGCCGCUGCUGCGCCUUCGAUAACCGAGCGGCCGACGGGGAGCGGGAGGCGCAGGUCCGGGAGCUGAUGGGGCUGGUGGAGGAGCUGGUGAGGGACCAGGGCGGCGCCCCCUACACCAACGACGUGUACCGCCUGGCGCAGACCCUGGGCGGGCUGAGCCGCGAGGAGAGGCUGCGCAGGGUGGCGGAGCGACUGGCUGCCCACGCGCUGAGGUAGCGGGAGCUUUGGCCACUGGCCGUUCCCAAGGCGGCUCCACGGACCCUGUGUAAGCUGGGCCUGGCCGCCCUGCUGGGCCCUCUGUUGCUGCUGUGCCUUCUCUGCAGGCACCUGCCCGAGGCGAAGCGAAUGGAAGGACUUCAGAGGAGCAGAUACGGAACCAUGGCUGAAGAACAUCAGGGCUUUGAACCCUCCUCCUCAUUGAGGAUCAUCCUGGUAGGAAAAACAGGCAGCGGGAGAAGUGCCACUGGGAACAGCAUCCUCUGCCAGCCCGUCUUUGAGUCCAAGCUGGGGGCCCAGUCGGUGACCAGGAAGUGUCAGAGGGCAACAGGCAGGUGGAAUGGGAGGAGCAUCCUGGUGGUGGACACGCCCCCCAUCUUUGAGGCCGGGGCCCAGGAUCAAGAGGUGUACCAGAACAUUGGGUCCUGCUAUCUGCUGUCAGUGCCAGGGCCCCACGUGCUGCUGCUGGUGACCCAGCUGGGACGCUUCACCGAGCAGGAUGCGGUGGCCGUGACCAGGGUGAAGGAGGUCUUUGGGGCAGGAGCCGAGAGAUACAUGGUUAUCCUCUUCACCCACAAGGAGGACUUGGCGGGGGCAUCCUUGGAUGAGUACGUGGCAAACACAGAUAACCUCAGGCUGAGGAGCCUGGUCCGGGAGGUCGGGCGGAGGUACUGUGCCUUCAACAAUCGGGCCUCUGGGGACGAGCAGAGAGAGCAGCUGGCCCAGCUGAUGGCCGUGAUCGAGGAGCUGGAGCGGGAGCACCAGGGCGCCUUCCUCACCAACGAUCUCUUCUUUGAUGCACAGAUGCUCCAGCAGAUGGGGGGUGGCGCCUGUGGGGAAGAUCAGAGGCGCUACCUGGACAAGGUACGGCUGCAGGUAGCAAAGCAAAAGCAAGACAUGAAAGAGGCUGAGAGAAACUGUGUCUUCAAGGCACUCCUCCGACUCAAAGCCUGGAUCGUUUCUCAUACCAAAAUAUUUGUUCUUCUUGUCCUAUGCCUUUUGAUUUUUCUUGCCAUUGUAAUUAUUUUGUGUAGUAUCCAUCAAGGCUGAGCACUUUCAGAUAUCACCUG